GUAUAUGAUGACCAACCAAAUGCACAUCAGAGGUUUAUGGAAAAAUUAGAUGCCUGCAUACGUAACCACGACAGGGAGAUAGAAAAGAUGUGCAAUUUUCACCAUCAGGGCUUUGUGGAUGCUAUUACAGAACUUCUUAAAGUUAGGGCUGAUGCAGAAAAAUUAAAGGUCCAAGUUACUGAUACCAACCGAAGGCUUCAGGAUGCUGGGAAAGAGGUGAUAGCCCAAACAGAGGAAAUCAUCCGAUGUAGAGUUCAGCAACAGAAUAUCACAACAGUUGUGGAAAAACUACAGUUGUGUCUUCCAGUGCUGGAAAUGUACAGCAAACUAAAAGAACAGAUGAACGUAAAAAGGUACUAUUCUGCUUUAAAAACAAUGGAACAGCUAGAAAAUCUGUAUCUUCCUAGAGUUAGCCAAUACCGUUUUUGCCAGAUAAUGAUAGAAAAUCUUCCAAAACUGCGUGAAGAAAUAAAAGAAAUAUCCAUGUCAGAUCUCAAGGAUUUCUUAGAGAGCAUUCGAAAGCAUUCUGACAGAAUUGGGGAAACUGCCAUGAAGCAGGCACAGCAGCAGAAAUCCUUUAGUACUGCUCUUCAGAAGCAGAAUAAUGUAAACUAUGGUCGGAAUAUGCAUUUAAGUAGAAACAGAGUUCUGGAGUCCAAGAAUGAAGUUACGUUGAAGCGAACGUUUGAAGAUGAUGAUGAACAUGAAGAAGAGGUUUUAACUGCUCAAGAUCUUGUAGACUUUUCUCCAGUCUAUAGGUGUUUGCACAUCUACUCAGUUUUGGGUGAUGGAGAAAUAUUUGAAAAUUACUACAGAAAACAAAGAAGGAAACAAGCAAGAUUAGUUCUGCAGCCGCAGUCAAGCAUGCAUGAAACAGUAGAAGGCUAUAGAAGAUACUUCAGUCAAAUUGUAGGUUUCUUUGUAGUAGAAGACCACAUUUUACAUGUAACCCAAGGAUUGGUAACUAGAACAUAUACCGAUGAACUCUGGAACAUGGCCCUUUCCAAGAUCAUUGCUGUUCUUAGAACACAUUCAUCAUACUGCAGUGAUCCUGACCUUGUUCUGGAACUGAAGAAUCUCAUUGUAGUAUUUGCUGAUACUUUGCAGGGCUAUGGUUUUCCUGUGAACCGACUAUUUGAUCUUUUAUUUGAGAUAAGAGACCAGUACAAUGAAACACUACUUAAAAAGUGGUCUGGACUGUUCAGGGAUAUUUUUGAAGCAGACAACUACAGCCCUAUUCCUGUAGCAAAUGAAGAGGAAUACAAAAUAGUUAUAAGCAAAUUUCCUUUUCAAGAUCCAGAACUUGAUAAGCAAUCUUUUCCAAAGAAGCUUCCAAUGUCUCAGUCAGUGCCUCAGAUUUAUAUCCAGGUUAAGGAAUUUAUUUAUGCAAGCCUUAAGUUUUCAGAGUCACUUCACCGCAGCUCAACAGAAAUAGAUGAUAUGCUCAGAAAAUCUACAAAUUUGCUGCUUACAAGAACUCUAAGUAGUUGCUUACAGAACCUAAUUAAAAAACCUCAUAUAGGUUUAACCGAGCUUGUUCAAAUCAUCAUAAACACAACACACCUGGAACAAGCCUGUAAAUACCUUGAGGAUUUUAUAUCUAACAUUACAAAUAUUUCACAAGUGACUGUUCACACUGCAAGACUUUAUGGACUUUCUACAUUUAAGGAUGCAAGGCAUGCUGCAGAAGGAGAAAUAUACACAAAACUUAACCAAAAAAUAGAUGAAUUUAUUCAGAUUGCUGAUUAUGAUUGGACAAUGUCUGAAUCGGAUGGAAGAGCCAGUGGAUACUUAAUGGACCUUAUUAACUUUUUAAGAAGCACGUUUCAAGUUUUUACUCAUUUACCUAAUAACAACAAUGACCAUGCAGCUAUGUCGGGAAAAGUGGCCCAGACAGCUUGCAUGUCAGCCUGCCAGCAUCUUUCAACGUCCCUAAUGCAGAUGCUACUGGACAAUGAAUUAAAGCAAAUAAGCAUGGGAGCAAUUCAGCAGUUUAAUUUAGAUGUGAUACAGUGUGAAUUGUUUGCUAGUUCUGAGCCUGUGCCAGGAUUCCAGGGAGACACCCUGCAGUUAGCUUUCAUCGACCUCAGACAA